AUGAGAGAAUAUGUUGCGUUCCGUAUUCAACAAUGUCAAAAUGAAGGCCGUACUUUACUCUAUUCAGGAAAGCUGUUUCAAACAUACAUCGUCGAUCUUCUAACAUGCAUUGAGGAGGACAGACUACAUUGGGUGAGACAAAAUCAGAUCAAGAUCAGAGCAGAGCUAUAUUGUGGAAUCAAAGAUGCAGUUUACAAAGGUGACACCCAAGGUUCUCAAGUAGGUCAAAGAAUAGUCCUACCACCUUCUUUCACAGGAGGUACGCGCUACAUGAAUCAAAACUAUAUGGAUGCAAUAGAUCUUUGUCGAGCAAUGGGAAAUCCAUAUCUUUUUAUAAUAACGACAGCCAAUCCCAAAUGGGAAGAGGUUAAAGCCACAUUAAACGAAGUUGGUGAACAACGGCCAGAUGAAAGGCCAAAUCUUGUGGCUAGAGAUUUUAAGAUAAAACUUGAACUAAUGAUGGAAGAUCUACAGAAACAAAAUCAUUUUGGAAAAUGUAAUGGAUUUGUUAAGGUUAUUGGUCUGUUGCCAAGGUUAUUGUUCAAUUGUGACAUGUGGCCUACAAAAGGCAAAGACCAUAUCUUAGUUGCGGCCUACUUCAAGCUUCACUGCUUACUACGAGUUCUUGCAUACAUUGGUGCAGCAUAUGGGACGAAGGCACUGGGAGGUACUCCACGCAGCGUGGCUGACAAUGAUAUUAAGAGGGAAGUCCCUCAACCGCGAUCAGCGGAAGUCCCUCUACUAGAAACUGACAUAUUUUUUGAGGACUAA